CAGGAACACUGAAAGGAUGAAAAACAGGAAGAGACUGUGCAUGAUGUGAGAGACGCCGGAGGCAAAGAUGAAAGACUGCAUUAAGGAAGAGGGAUGGAAAUGUUGCAAAAUGUAAAUGAUAAAAGGUGAAAAUGGAGAUUACAAAGAAAAGAAGGCAGAGGCACUGAAGACAAACUGACUUGGAACACAAGACUUUGAAAAGUGGACACAACAUUCCCUGAAAAUAGCAGACAUGCUCGAGAUUUUGAAAGUUCCAGAUCAUUGUGAAUGUGACUGAGGAGGAAAACAUCCAACCCUCGUGAAAAGGAAACAGGCAACAGCAGGCUGGGAACUUGACUGGUCCACGGUGACAAACAAGCUAGGAGCACCACUGACCUCUGACUCAUCUCAUUGUCAGCUCAAGGUAUCCCAAGUUUGACAUGUCUUCAUCCGUGAGCGUAACAGAGGAGGCGCGGGUGUCGCCGCUGACGCCGCUGAAGUUGGUGGGCCUGGCGUGCGUGCUGCUGGCGCUGUGCCUGGACGUCGGGGCCGUUCUGAGCCCGGCCUGGGUCACGGCCGAUGACCAGUACUAUCUGUCCAUGUGGGUGUCCUGCUGGAAGCCCGUCAUAUCCGCGGAGUGGUCCUGCAACAGCACACUGGCCGCAGACUGGCAGAUCGCCACGCUGGCCUUGCUGUUAGGGGGGGCAACACUUACCCUGAUCUCCUUCCUUGUGGCACUGGUGUCGCUGUGCUGUGGAUCCAGACGUCGCUGCUACAAGCCAGUGGCCGUGAUGCUGUUCUCUGCAGUUGUUCUUCAGGUGUGCAGCUUGGUCCUUUUCCCCAUUAAGUUCAUAGAGAGCGUCAGCCUGAGAGUCUACCAUGAGUUUAACUGGGGUUACGGCCUGGCCUGGGGAUCCACCAUCUUCUCCUUUGGAGGUGCCAUCCUCUACUGCCUCAACCCAAAGCACUAUGAAGACUACUACUAAAAUAUGUGAUUCAAGUGCAGCUCCCAGGAUUCACCAGGUCCAGUGAGUCAUAGGAACCUAAUGUUACACCGUGAACAUUCACAGACUUUCACAUUCUGGUCGUUCGUUACUGCAGUGUCUGCAGACAAAACAGGUGAUCAGUCAUUUCAACCUUGCCAGAAUACGUACAGCUUUCAUGAUUUGUGACCAAAAAGUACAAGUGAUUGUUGGUAGUAUUGAAGGAGUAAUACUAUUUAGGUCAGCGGUCCAAAACUGAACUGAGCUAGGGGCCACUGCUUCUACUGUCAUUUUAUUGGAGGGCCACAGUAGAGUUUGAGUAAUACAUAUAAAAGUUAUUUCCAAAUAUGAUGUUUUUACUUAAUCACAAAUAUUGUAAAAAACAAGUUCAUAUUUUGUUUCAUUCCUUAUUGACUAACUUAAUAAUUUUAUAAACUUACAAAUACAACUUUUUGGAACUUUCCUUCUGGCUAACAAUGUCGAUGGACACAAACAUAGCAACUCUUCUGUCAUUUCAAACCUGUCCUCUGCUCUCUUUUGGUUCUUAAAAAUAGUCAUUUUAUUACUGACCUGGAUGUUAAGGGAUCCGUGGGCCUGAAGUGGCCCCUGGGCUGGGAUUUUGCGUUAGGGUGCAUGAGUGGCUGGUAAUUGUGAUUUAAGAUUUGAAAGAAGCUUCUGACACUAGUUGAAAAAAGACAUCUACAACUAACUAGGUAUCAUGGUGCCAUACUCACAAACUCUAAGUGUGUGUCCUCUUUAGGUCCAACUCCAGUAGGUCAUUAGAUUUCAGCUGAAAACCUGGUGGGAACAGACGGUUUCAAUGACCCCCAUUCAUGGACCAAAUAUGGACUAAUCCACCAAUCAGAGUAGGAGGUAAGGAAUGGUGGGAACUCUAUGAAAACAGGGUAAUUUUUAAAGAAAAGAGACGUUACAUUAAACCUUAGCUGCAGGAAAAUGAAACACAGGCCACAGAGGAAAUUUAUAGUAGCCUGUCAGUCUGUUACAAACAGUCUGAUAACAAUAAUCAAGAGUCGAGUCAAGCUCAGACGGCAAAAACAUUCCACUACACUAAUGAGGGACUUCCACUCCUACGUAGUUAAACUAAAACCCCUUUCAAAAAAGAGCAGUUAAAACAGCUUUUUGAUAAAAUUGUUGUAUAAUAUGCUAUCAAUAUUGAUUAUAUUCAUUCCAGUCAGUGCAGCGUGAAGUAAGGCAACAAAUGACCAGGCCGGCCAAAUGUGUGUGCAUGAGACCAUGAUGGCAUCUCACAUAUCAUGUGCCAAACACACACAAACCCUUCCCAUGUGAUGCCUGCUUAUCUGUACGCUGUAUAAUAAAGGACAUUUAGUGUGUAAUUAGUUUUUGCAUCUCAGUUAAACUUUCAUGGGAAAUGGCGUUGGUUAAGUGAUGUGAUAAAGAAACUAAAGUUUCAAAGCUGAUGGACCACAGACUACCAUAUUUAAUGAUUCUCCUCCAACUAGGGCUGUAAUCAACCAAAGAAAGUCUUGGCCGACUGAAGCCGUGAAAUUUUGAGGGGAGGGGCAGUUGACUGGGACAUUACAGCCCUACCUCCAACCUUAGUAAAGGUCAUCGGAAACUUAAUGGAAGAAUGCGUGUGCAUGUCACUACCAUCAGCUGCUGUAUGUGAGUUCCACUGGAUUAACUAUUAACAAAUAAACCAUGUACUGUGGAAAGCGUCUGAUUUCUGACUGGGAAAGAGGACAUGAACUAUGAAGAGAGACUGAUCUGACAGUGACAGUGGAACCACAUUGAAUCAGACUGUUUAUUAGGUACAGCAAGUUGAGAUAUUUGCACGGGAAAUCACCAUUUAUCUGUCUUAAAAAAUGAAAGUUUCUCAAAAAUGAAUAAAAAUGCAAUAAUUUGACCUAAAA